GGCCAGAACACCCUGUGGGGGCUGUGAUCCCAUUAGGGAGUUAUUUCAGGAGCUCUUGAUUCCUCCCGCAGGACCUCAGAUAUUCCUGAGGUUUGCUCUGCAGACUCCGGCUCCGGACUUCUACCCAUUCUGUGUUUCUGGUGAACCAGGCUUCCAUUGUUCUUCAGACGCAGAGGAGUUCCUGAAACCUCCCCCCCACCCCUCCUGGGUCCCGGUAUCUUCGUCCUUUUCUCCGCCGCGAUGGGGAACCAUGGCUCCAACCUAGACGACAUCCUGGCGGAGGACAUGCACCACUGGUACAACAAGUUCAUGAAGGAGUCUCCGUCGGGGCUGAUCACGUUGUUUGAGCUGAAGGCCAUCCUGGGUUUGAAGGGCAUGACGGAGGACGCCAACAGCUACGUGGACCAGGUCUUCUUCACCUUCGACAUGGACGGGGACGGGUACAUCGACUUCGUGGAGUACAUCGCCGCGAUCAGCCUGAUGCUGAAGGGAGAGAUCAACCAGAAGCUGAAGUGGUAUUUCAAGCUGUUCGACCAGGACGGGAACGGGAAGAUCGACAAAGAGGAGCUGGAGACCAUCUUCUCGGCAAUACAGGACAUCACUCGGAACAGAGAGACGAGUCCAGAGGACAUCGUGUCGCUCAUCUUCGAGAGGAUCGAUGUCAACGGAGAAGGUGAGCUGACCCUGGAGGAGUUCAUCGAGGGAGCCAAGGACCACGAGGACAUCAUGGACAUCCUGAGGGAGCUGAUGGACCUGACGCCGGUGCUAGUCAUCAUCGUGGAGGGCCGGACGGGCUGAGGGGCACAGACACUGAAGCAGAAACAAGAGCUACCCUUUCAAAAUAAGAGAAAAGACUCACCCCUUUCAAAAUAAGAGAAAAGACUCACCCCUUUCAAAAUAAGAGAAAAGACUGAUGAUGAUCGGGGGUCAGAGCGAGGCGGAAUCUACAGCUUUGGGAGGGAUCGGACGUCCAGGCGCUCGACUCCCGGGAUCCUGGAGGAAAGAAUGAAGACUUUAAAGCAAAAUCCAACCGAACGAAUCAACCCACAGAACUUAAUUUGGAAAUAUAAUCAGGACUCCAGUUCCCAAAGACGUUUUUGGUCCUAACUUAAUUCUAAAUUGGAACAAAAGAUGUUGUUGGGUCGUUGAACCCUUUCAACACUUUCCAACCAGGCUGCACUUUGGAUUUUAUUUAGAAAGUAUUUUACGGCUGGUUGAGUUUUGGCUUUUUUUGGCGGUAAAACUUUCUCAAAGUGAUGGCUUAAACUCUAGAGACCUCAUCCGGCAGUAUUUCUGUUAUUUUAACCUGAAUUUUCAGGUAAAUAAUUCUUAAAUGAAGUUCAAAUCAUGUCGAGUAUUUCAGCUUUUUCUGGAAUGAUGGAGCCCUCAAAAAAAAUAAAAAUGGGAGUCUCAGGUUUGAAUAUUAAGCUCUAAAAAAGUCAAUUAAAUCCAGUUAAAGACUAACUAAGUAUUUACAUCCCUGAAUUUGUCUGCUAAUGAUCUUUACAAUAACCAUCAUUAUGUUUUCAAAUGUCAGAAACUAGAGAAGGGAAAUCUUUACUACGACACAAAGCUAACGUCUUCAGGUUGAUUAUUCUCUGCUUUCCUUUCCUCUUGAUCUCCAUCGGACACUUUAUCCACCUCUCUGUGAACCCUGUGGCCCCCGGUUGGAGCCUCUGCAGGGUUCUGAUCCCCUUAAUGCGCUAAAGGGUUGAGCACCCUGAGCCGUAAUGGAUCAGAUUUAGAGCUUCACCGUGACCUCGGGGGUUAAGGACAGCCGGCCGGCAGGAAGAAUCGAGGCUUCAGAUACAGAGAGGACUUCCUCUGGACUGAUUUUGGGUCCAGGACGUUUCUCCGGUUGAAGAUCUUUGCAUAUUCUUUGGUCAGAACCAUUCAGGAUCAGCCAGUUCUUGAUGGCUUUAAAGUUGAAGUGUUUGUAUGACUGUGUGAGUUCAGAUUGGCCCCUGUCUGGUGGUAAAACAGGUUCCUGUCCCUCACAUCAAACCCGGGUUUCCCUGAGAUCACGCAGCAGAGUAAUCCUCAUUAUCCUGCUGCGUCAUCUCCUCUGAAUCCAGGCCAGCGAGGCCGACACGGGCUGAACUGUGAAAAACCUCGUAUAUGUAGGACUUCAUUCUCAGAAAUUCUGAUCAGAGUAUUCCCUUCCUGCCCCGACUCCGUAGAUAUUCUACUGCAGUGAGUUCAGGACUUCAACUUGUUUUAGCCGACUGAGGAUCAUCAGAGCUUUUCUUUUUGACCUUUUUUAUGUUGUUGUCCUCAGAGACACUAAACCUGUCCAACAGGUGCAAUACUGUAUAUAGAGGAGAGCAGUAACUCAGGUACAAGUUCUCCAGUAGAGGUAUUCGUACUCUCCUGGGUCUCAGCGGGACAUAUCUUACUUCACUACAUGGAUUUAGCUCUCCAUCCACUUCCUGUCCAGUGGGAACCAUCAGUCUGCAGAUGGAUCUCUAAUUGGUUGAAUUUAAAAACCUGUUCACAGAGAUCUCACUCCUCUUGACAUUUGGAUGAACUUUUAUUUUGAAGUUUUAUUUGUUGUUGUAUUUGUUCUUAUUUUGAAAGGUGAAUGGAUUGUUAACAUUCAUAUAUUUUUAUACGAUGACCAGCGAGAACAUCAGGAGGAGUUUGGGUCGUUUAGAUAAAGAUUUCAGUUAGAGGUGAGGAGGAGGAGGAGGAGGCCAUGUUGUCCUUAAAGCUGCUAACAGGAAGUCAUACUGUUAGCAUCGAUGCUAACAGCUUUUAUCGUGCAAUAGACAGUUUACAGAGAAAGUUCCAUUAACCGAAUCAUGUUUUGUGUUGCCUUAUCAAUAAAGU